AACUCCCCAUAUGUUCAGAUUCACUACUUCAACCAUUCCAAUCUCAACACACACACACACACUCUCUCUCUCUCUCUCUCUAUAUAUAUAUAUCCAAAAUCCAAAUUAACAUAAUAAUAUUUACAUUAAAAAAAUCCAGAAUCUCAUCAUCAUACUAUCCAAAACUGAUCUUAAACUAUAACAAUUAAGUUGAAAGAGAGCAUGGCUGACUCGGACAACGACUCGGGUGGUCCAAACUCGGCAUCUCCACGAGAACAGGACAGGUUUCUUCCGAUUGCUAACGUGAGCCGGAUAAUGAAGAAGGCUUUACCGGCGAACGCAAAGAUCUCUAAAGACGCGAAAGAGACAGUUCAGGAGUGUGUUUCUGAGUUCAUAAGCUUCAUAACUGGAGAAGCUUCAGACAAGUGUCAACGCGAGAAGAGAAAGACGAUCAACGGUGACGAUCUGCUCUGGGCCAUGACCACUUUGGGAUUCGAAGACUACGUUGAUCCUCUCAAGAUUUACCUCCAAAAGUUUCGGGAGAUGGAGGGAGAAAAGACUGCUGGAGCCACCCUAGGCCGCGGUCAGGGCGGCGAUAGUGGCGGCUCUGAUGAUCAUGGUAGCUUCGCAGCCAACUCUGGUGGUGGUGGUAUGUACGGUCACAGUAGUAAUAUUAGUACUAGUGGAGUUCAGUCAACGGGGAUGAUGAUGAUGAUGGGUCAACACCAUCAUCAUCAUCAUCACCAACAACAAUACCAUCAUAUGUUUGGAUCAUCAUCUGAUGGUGGUAGUGGAACCUCCACUGGUAGACCUAGGUAGGUUCUAACUGUAUUUUGUACUAUGUCAUGUUUGUAAUGUUAGUAUAUAUACUAAUAAAUAGUAACAAGCAAUAGCUAGCUCUAGUACUGUGCUGCUCAUUAAUUGGGAAAUUUAGAUUGAGUACUAAAAGAGAGUAACAAAAAUUGUGGAAAAAUAUUGUGGAAAAUCAAUUAAUUUUGUUUGCUAA